GCACUGCCACUGAGCUGACCACAACACGAUGGCAUAACGAUGCUGUCGGUUUGUCCAGACGCGAGCUUGCUGCGCUAGUUCACUUGCCGCAAUGGCGGCCAACCACCAGCUCUGCCUCUGCCUCGCCCUGCUUCUGCUGCUUCUCCCCGCUGCUUCCCUUGCCAGGGACACCAUCACGCCUGGCCAGCCACUACGGGGCAACGACACGCUCGUCUCGGCCGGCGCCGGCGGCUUCACGCUCGGGUUCUUCACCCCGCCGGGAUCCAACAGCACGUACGUCGGCGUCUGGUACGCCAAAGUGUCCCUCCGCACCGUCGUCUGGGUCGCCAACCGCGCCGACCCCGUCCGCGGCGCGGUGGAGGACAACGCCGGCGCCACCCUCUCCGUCUCCCGUGACUGCACGCUCGCCGUCACGGACGCCAACUCCACCGUGGUCUGGUCGGUGUCCCCGCCGACGGGCGCGGUGGACGGCGGCCUGUGCACGGCGCGGAUCCAGGACGACGGCAACCUGGUCGUCUCCGACCAGCGCGGCCACGUGGCGUGGCAGGGGUUCGACCACCCCACGGACACGCUGCUCCCGGGGAUGCGGAUCGGGGUGGACUUCGCCGCCGGCAAGAACAUGACGCUGACGGCGUGGACGAGCCCCUCCGACCCGUCGCCGAGCCCCGUCGUGGCGACGAUGGACACGUCCGGCGACCCGGAGGUGUUCGUCUGGAACGGGCCCAACAAGGUGUGGCGCUCCGGGCCCUGGGACGGCGUGCAGUUCACCGGCGUCCCGGACACCGUCACCUACCGGGGCUUCACCUUCCGCUUCGUCAACAACGCCCGGGAGGUCACCUACAGCUUCCAGGUGCGCAACACGAGCAUCGUGACGCGACUGGCGCUGAACAGCACGGGCGUCGGCGGCGGGCUGCUGCAGCGGUGGACGUGGGUGGAGGCGGCCGGCGCGUGGAACCUCUACUGGUACGCGCCCAAGGACCAGUGCGACGCCGUCUCGCCGUGCGGGCCCAACGGGGUGUGCGACACCAACACCGUGCCGGUCUGCUCUUGCCUCCGCGGCUUCACGCCGCGGUCGCCGGCGUCGUGGGCGCUGCGGGACGGCCGGGACGGGUGCGUGCGGGAGACGCCGCUGGACUGCGCCAACGGCACCGACGGGUUCACGGUGCUGCCGCACGCCAAGGUGCCGGACACGACAAGCGCAGUGGUGGACUUCGACGCCAGCCUGGGGCAGUGCAGGCAGAGGUGCCUGAGGAACUGCUCGUGCACGGCGUACGCCACCGCCAACCUCAGCGGCGAGCCCGGCCACCGCGGCUGCGUCAUGUGGACCGGCGGCCUCGCCGACCUCCGCGUGUACCCGGGCUACGGCCAGGACCUCUACGUCCGCCUCGCCGCUGCCGAUCUCGAUUCAAGCAAGUCAAAGAAGAAGGUGCAUAUUAUAGUUGCGGUACUUGUCAGCAUAACUGCAGCGGCACUUGUUCUAGCGCUCACAGGGUUCUUCAUUUGGAGAGGAAAGAAAACUAAAGCAAGAAAACCAGGAUCAAGCACAUGGAGUGGUGGUUCCUGCAGUAAGGGGGGCCUUAAUGAAAGAAGUGAUCAUGGGGAUGAACUCGAGCUUCCAAUAUACGAUUUUGAGAUAAUAGUAGAAGCCACAGAAGGUUUCUCAAGCAGCAACAAGCUCGGCGAAGGUGGCUUCGGGCCUGUAUACAAGGGUAAGCUUGAGGAUGGACAAGAAAUAGCUGUUAAAAAACUUUCAAAAACAUCAAUACAGGGUCUUGAUGAAUUCAGGAAUGAGGUUAUGUUGAUAGCUAAACUCCAGCAUCGGAACCUUGUUCGACUGAUUGGGUGCAGCAUUUCUGGUCAAGAAAAGAUACUUAUAUACGAAUACAUGGCAAAUACAAGCUUGGACUACUUUCUAUUUGACAAAUCCAAGAGCAUGCUACUCAACUGGCAAACGCGAUACCAUAUAAUAGAGGGAAUCGCCCGAGGUCUACUGUAUCUUCACCAGGACUCGAGAUAUAGAAUAAUCCACAGAGACCUGAAGACAAGCAACAUUCUUUUGGAUAAGGAGAUGACUCCUAAAAUUUCAGACUUUGGCAUGGCAAGAAUGUUUGGCAGUGAUGACACAGAAAUCAAUACUCUCAGAGUGGUUGGCACAUAUGGUUAUAUGGCUCCCGAGUACGCAAUGGAUGGAGUGUUCUCAGUGAAAUCAGAUGUGUUUAGUUUUGGAGUCAUAGUGCUAGAAAUCAUUACUGGUAAAAGGAACCGAGGUGUCUACAGCUACUCCGGUCACCUCAACCUUCUAGCUCAUGCCUGGAGCUUAUUGAAUGAGGGCAACAGCCUAGAUUUAGUCGACGAGAAUCUGAAAGGCUCCUUCAACUCAGACGAAGUGCUUAAAUGCCUCAAAGUAGGGCUCCUAUGCGUGCAAGAGAACCCCGACAACCGCCCCCUGAUGUCCCAGGUGCUCCUGAUGUUGGCCACCACUGACACUGCCUCGUUGCCAACUCCCAAGCAGCCUGGCUUUGCUGCAAGAAGAGCUGCGACAGAAGACACAUCGUUGAGCAAACCCGACUGCAGCAUUGUGGACAGCAUGACCAUCACCAUGGUCGAGGGUCGCUAAGCUUUAGCAGGCUAUGUCUCCUAUUGAUCAGAGCACGAGAUGUAUAUUGAGGAAUACUAGAGUGGCACUAACUCUAUUUUGCUUUGUUACCUUGUGUGAUUGGCGAACAUAGAAUUGUAGAGGAAUAUAGUUUUGUGAAUUGUGAUUGUUUACUUGUAGCGUUGAAUAGUGAGCAAAAAUGUAAUAUUCAUCCUAAUAAAAAAAAAGAGAUUGUAGAUGUA